AUGGAGGCCGAGAAAUUUUUUAGAACGUUUUUUAAUUUUUACCGACAUCAUCACAUCGAUCCGGCAGACAAAACGCAUCCAUUCAAACUAAACCGCUUCCGGCAUAAACUGUUCAUCCUGUUAUCUGCGUUGAUCCUGCUGGCAUGCUUACUACUGGCAGUGUAUGGCAAAUCGUUAGAAGAAAACAUCAUUCCCCAUCGUAGUUGCAUUAACCGAAUGAUCAAUUGGGUUUUUCUUCGAUCAACGUUGGCAACCGCUUUCAUAGUUGCAUGGGAAAAUUUGGCCACCAGCAAGGAGGAUGUGCAAAUAUGGAACACUUUCCAUGCCAUAGAGACUGCCCUUAAUCUUUGUGCUAGAAACUCUCGAAAUGUGCUGUACAAAAGUCAACAAUUGUACAAAGUGAUUUUUUACACUCUCCUUGUGCUGUUAUGCGCAAUGGGAGCAAUUUUAUUGCUCGAUUACACCAUAAUGGAUAGAGCACUGGUUGAAUUUAUCAUCAUGUUUGAGUUACUUUGCAGUGUGGAUAUGCAGCGAAUACUGCACAUUUUAUUAUAUAUACGUAUUUUAACGUGUUAUUUAAGAAAGAUCAAGGAAGAUCUACGCAUUACUUUGCUAUCCAUCAAUAAAGGUGUAGAGGGAACUGUUCACGAGUAUGACAUUCAGGACCAGCUGAAGAAAUGUUGCACAUGCUACUUUCUGUGCAUGAAAGCGUUCAAUCAGAUACAGGACCAAUUUUCGUGGGGCCUUUUCAUGGUGUGCCUUAAGUUUAGCAUCAUUUUGUGGAACGAUAUUUACUGGACUGUGUACCGAGCCAUCAUGGAAACGUCUUUUGAAUUGUACUGUCUAAACGUGGUACCGUAUCAUUUCAUCUUUAUGAGCUUUACCUGGUCGUGCGAGAGCAUGUAUGCGGAGAUAAAAUCCCUUUCGCAACUGCUGUACACGAUCGAUCUAAACAAGGCAUCCAAGUCGAGCAAAAUACGAAUUACACAGCUUAUGGUACUGCUCGACUAUAACGUAUUAUUUUUCAACACAUUCGGCGUCUGCAGAGUAUCGUACAAACUUAUUGUACAGUAUGCAAUAUCUGGAGUCACAAAAGUGUCUUUUAUAGCACAAAUUAUGAAGAAUUUCUACACAGAAAUGAGGACUUAA